CAGAGCGCGACAGUCAUCGAAUCCGCGCCUUGAUAUCCACACCGCAGUCGCUAGAUAAUAGCCACGUAUUCACACACCUUCUACAUUCGGCGACUCGAGAGACGACGAGAAAAUGGGCAAGCGCAAAUCCUCCAGCAAGCCUCAAGGCCCCAAGAAGAAGGAGAAACUCCCAACCACGUUCCAAUGCCUCUUCUGCAACCACGAAAAGUCCGUCAGCGUCUCCAUCGAAAAGAAGUCCGGUGUCGGCAACCUGCAGUGCAAGGUCUGCGGCCAGACUUUCCAGACAAACAUCAACUACCUCAGUGCGCCCGUCGACGUGUAUGCCGACUGGAUUGAUGCCUGUGACGCGGUUGCGAAGCAGGCAGCCAAGGGCAAUGUCGAUACCGCGCGGAGUACGAAUCGCAUGGGCAGAAUGCCGACGGCACACAACCAAGAAGACGAUGAUGGCGACGGCGGCUUCAUCGAACACGACGAGCCUGAUGCCGAGGGUGAGUACGCAGACUAAGUCGCCUGUCGGCAGGAGCGAAGGAGCAGCAGGACACGAAGGCUUAGGGCCUUGUAUAACACAUGGGAACAUGGGAAGGGGCCACGGCUUGCACGGCGUUUAGGAUACCAAAAAGAUCCACAGAUUCACAAUGGCGUUUCAUUAUCGUCAGCAUCAGGCUGAGACGUGUUCACGGUUAGCUGAGCAAGAUCUAUAGAAAUUUGUAAUGAAGCUUGCACAUCAGAGGCUCCCAA